AUGGCCAGCAGCAGAUUGUUUUCAUGUGGCAAACUUGCACUCGUUGAAGUUGACCACAUUCUACCCUGUCCAAUGAUGUCAGCAGCCACAACCAUCAGUGGUCAGCCCAGGCUUUUUGACGCUUUGAUGCAUCCAGCUCAUAUCUCCGGAAUACAUUCAUCAGACGAUGGUGUCUUUCUAUCGAUCCUUCUACAAGAGGCCCAGUCCUCCUAUCUGAUCUCGCCAUUGAUUCAUAAUCCCCAAGGCCUCUUGCCAUUUAUCGGGUAUCGAUUCUACGUUAUCGCGAUCAUGCCAUGGGCGCUGGAGCAUUGA